CCCCCCCCCCUCUAGAAUUUACUGCAUACUGAUGACCAUUACCACCAUCAUCCCUACAAACUGAGGACAUUUUUCUGGUCCUCUUCUUGUUGCAUGAAUGAUGAAAUCUUCAACUAUGAUUUUUCGUAAACAUUUUUUUUCAUUCAUCUUUAGGUGUGAAUGAAACAAAUGUCAACACAUCUUUUUGUAACAUUUAGUAAUUUGCAAAUAAUUUAUUACAUGUCCACUUCAGUGGACAGCGUGCAUUCUGAACAUAAAAUAUGUUGGCUUGACUUUCUGAAGUCCAAAUGGAGGGGCUCAAAUGCAAUAAAGUCUUCAACAGCUGUGCAGCAAAAUAAAUAAAUACAUUUGAGUACCUGUCCACUGUAGUGACCAUUAUGCAUCAAAGGGUUAAAAGCUUACCAGAUGAGGGCUCAUCAUGAGGAAGGAGUGUUUUUUUUCUUCUGCGACAGAAUGGGACUUAAAUUGGUCUUUAUAUUUUGCUAUACCAACACAUGAAGUGUCUUUUAUAUUGAGGAUUUGUCUUCUAACUUUAUUGGUAAGUGAAUAUCUUUAUUAUCCUGGAAAGAAAACCUCUUUUUUCUUGUCGCAGUUAGAUUUUUCUGGAUCACAAAACCUGAACACCAUCUUUGACAGGUCAGUAAUUUUCUAAAUAUUUCUAAUAAUUAUUGGCUAUAUUUUGUAACUUACACUGAUUUUUUUAAAUGAAAAUGAUGUCCAGUGGGCAUCCGCAUUUGGGAUGUCCCAUUCCGAUAUUGACAUAGGAAAUGAGUCCGAUAUCGGCCCAAAAACACAAUCGGAUUAUAUCGGACUGCAUCAAAAACCUCCGAUAUAAGCAGUCCGUUCCACUUUAAAUUUCAUUCUAGCAAUUCUAUCCAGCAGUGCUCAGAAUCCAGCAUGCAAAGCCCACGUGAUCAGACCAGUGCAUGCUAGCAAAGUAGCAAGGAACAAGAGCAAUGUUGGCUGUGUGGCAGUAAUUUAUGUUGAAGUCAGAAAAAGACAGUGUGGCUGAGUGCAACAUUUGCCGUGCAUAUGUUUUCCUGUAAGAACCGGGAAAGUUUAAUAAGUCCAACCUCAUUGCACAUUUGAAGGAGCAUUACAAAACACUGCAUGAGGAUUUUCAGUGUGUGAAAUUGGAACGUAGGACCCUCGAUUUUUAGCAGUUGGUCAAUGGACAGUAUUGUGUUUGUGUUCUUAUGUCCUUGACCUCAGCUGUUCCUACCAUUUGCUGACAGUAAAACAUAAAUGAAGGAACCUUAAAUUAGUAUUUUGCACUUUUUGUUUAUUUACUUUAAAUAUGUCUUUUAAUUUACUAUUUAUUAUUUUAUUUAUUAGUUAUACAUUAUGUUUAAGGUUUACAUUUAUGCAACCAAUGGUUAAUAAAAAAAAUGGUCGGUUUUUUAUAGUUAUAUGAAAUUUUUGGGCCAAUACCGAUAUCCGAUACUAACGUCACUGUUAUGGCCGAUAACCAAUUUUUACCGAUACCGAUAUUCUGACAUUAUUGCUUCUAAAAUCAGCAAUUUUGUAUAAAAUGAACAUUUUUAAAGCUGAAUUCACAUUAUUAUGUACACACACAUUCUUCUGAGAUGAUUACAAUCAUUGUUCACAUGAGUAAACAAUUGCACAUCACCCCCUCACCCUCUGAAACAGGCUGACAAAUGGAGACAAGAUGGUUAAAUAUCGGUUGUUAAUAUCGACCCGGUUUUAUUUAACGAACCGAUACCGAUAUGUUAAAAAUGACUAACAUCAGCCGAUACCGAUAUUGAUGCCGAUAUAUUGUUCAUCCCUAGUUUUUUAUACUUACUGUUACUGGCUUUUGUUUUCUGAGUAAUAUUACUUGAUCAAGCCUUUCAUACAGUCUACAUGAAGAAAUAGAUAAAAGCAUGUGUGAUUUGUGCUGAUAUUGCAUCGGAUUGAUAUCGGUAUCGGUCAGUACUGAAGGCUGCAAUAUUGGUAUUGUAUUGGAAGUGAAAAAGUUGUAUUGGGACAUCCCUAAUCUACAUGUUGGUAGUUUACGGGUUAUCAGUAUAUUUGUCUACGGCUGAGGGAGCAGCAUGUGUUGGAAUUGUGAGACAAAUAGAAGUUAGUAUUGCUAUAAUGUAAAAAUGGCUGACUGCUCACUGUGCACACAAUCUUCUGUUUAUUUUAGCUAAAUGGAUUACCUUUCUGCCAGUUCACGGACGAGGAGAAGGAGGAUCAAAGCCAGAGUUCAGCAGCAUUUAAGGAGCCUCGCUUUAGAAGCUGUGGACCAUACUUCACCAUGCACUGAAGACCUGGAGAACAAACAUCUAGUUGUGAAUGAAGAUGUGGAGAAGGAUGAGUUGAUGAUCAAGGCAGAGCAAGAUGUGGAGCACUAUCCAAGUGUUGGUGUGGAAGAAACAGCUUCACAUCUGGACUUUGACAUUGAUUCUAGCGUGGCCAGUGAUGCUGGUGAAGAACCAAACUGUGACUUUUUUUUAUUUGGAGACCAAAUCUGAUGCUAAGAAGAAAGUUGCUGAAUGGGCAGCAAACCAAAACGUGUCUCACUCUGUGUUGUCGGAGCUCUUACCAAUACUUGUGGAACUUGGUCUAAAUGUACCAAAAGAUCCCAGAACUCUGCUCAGUAUGUUAAAGGACUGUGAGGUCACACCGAUGGGUCGAGAGAGUUGUCACCGUUUUGGUCGUGAAAGUGGGCUGUUGUCCACCAGACCCGCUGCCCGGAGUGCCGCCAGCCCUACUUGUGAAUCCAUGUUUUCAAAAGUUCUUUCAAUUUUGGAGGAAGUAAAGGAGACUCAGCGCGUUCACAGCAGGAUGCUGAAUGCCUUGUUGCAACCGAAAGAUGGUUCUGCUGUGGAGGUUUCUGAAGGAGUUGAUUUACCUCUCAACACCCAAGAGGAAGUCGAGGAUCUUAACGCAAGACUGGAGGACCGCAAGUUCAUGACUUCAGUUGUUGCCAUGGUGGCAGAUACAGGGGGAACAAGUGUGGAUGACGCCACAAGGAGGAUGAUGAAACACCUCCUAUCGCCUGAGCUGGCGUUGGAGUACAACAUGUUUGGCCGACAUGGGAAAAAAAAAGUUCAGAGACUUGCGUCUUUUUAACGUUGUGUACGAGUCCCUGAAGAAGAAUGCCUUAACUUCAAACGUCAACCUGCAAGAAGCAGAGAAGGCUUUGUCCAAGUGGUUCAGUGGAGCAAGGGACAGAGGAGGACUGAGAGCAGCAAGGGGACACAAUAGAAUUACGUCUCUGUAAAAUAGGAGACACUGCUCGUCUGAAAAAAGUUUGGGAUUUUUCAUGUCUUCUUCCCAUGUUAAUGUUCCAAGUUUGUUUCAUUUUUACAGUUUUUUUAAAUAGUUUACUCAAUUUGGAAUAAAGUUGAAUUGAAUCAGAUUAUUGUUGAACAAAAAAAAUGGAAAAGGUGUUUUGUGUGCCCUUGUGAGGUUUUUGAUAGUUUUAUGAUGUCUGCCAUGGAUCCCAUAUUGGCCUAAUUUUAAUUCCUGAUGGGUUGAUGUUGGGUAAGUAAGGGUUAUAUGAGUCUCAGCUGAAAUGCAUCCACCAAAAACGUCUGGGUUUGGUCUUAACGUUCUUGAUUGUAGCACAAUAAGCAAUAGAUCCCACUAAUUCAUGUUGUUCCCACUUGAAAGAUGGGAGCUAGAUGGGUUUUUCUGUACUUUGCUCAAUUGGGCCCAGUUAGUUCCCGGAUUUUUCCCAAAUCGCAUAUGGGGCCAUUAUGUAACCCAUAGACCUACAUGGGGACCAUUUUCCAGCCCAUUUCUAACCCAAACGGUUCCUACAGGCAAAUGCUAGCAGCCGUAAAUGUGGUAAAAAAUUUGAAAACUUCUGUGCUUUACAAAUAUAAAAUUCUAGAAUUUCUAACAUUCUAUAUUAAAAACUGAUAAAGUAUUUGGUCUGAGCAAGGAUUAUUUCCAAAAAUAACUCAAAUGAGCAUAACAAAGAGGUCGCAAGCCAAAUGUCUGAUAGCCUUU